AUGCCAAACACAGGGUUCCACAAAGCCAAAGACAGCCCUCGGCCAGGCCGACGGUUCUUCCCGCUUCAGCAGCACCGGGCCGGCGGUGGUCACCCAAGCGGCGAGCGCAAAGGUGUGCAAGAGAAGCUAGACGAAUCUCUACUGGGCCACCUCUCCCAGCUUUUCAACAAAUAUGCUACCGCGAACAACACAUGGACUCGAGAUCAGAUCAGCAUUUUCAUGCAGCACGCGCAAGCCGAGGAUCCCAACGGUUUGGCGGGUUACCUCAUCGACAAAGACGAGCUGGACCUUUUCGAGCUGAUCAAGUACAUCACCUCACCAUGCGGCGAUGUUCUCGAGAUGACGGCUCCUCAGGACCUGUCCUGGCCGCUGAGUAGCUACUUCAUUAGCUCGAGUCACAACACCUACCUCACCGGAAAUCAACUCUCCAGCGACUCCAGCGCCGAAGCAUAUAGAGACGUCCUACUCCGUGGAUGUCGUUGUAUCGAGAUUGACGUCUGGGACGGCGUGGAGCAAUAUAAAUCCGGAUACAACCCAAACGGAACUGAUGAGAACAGCAAGCAGCCUACGCCCGCGAACGACACACCGGCGAAGCUCAGUCGAAGAGACAAAUUAGGCAUCAAGGUCGGCCGUUGGAUCAUGAACAAGUUUGAAUCGGUGGACGCGGAGGGCAGGACCGCCGACGACAGGCUUUCGGACAUUAUCAGGGCAGAGCCGCGGGUUCUUCACGGGUUCACUCUAACCAAGGAAAUUCUCUUCCGCGACGUUUGCCAAGUCGUCAGGGAAUACGCUUUUGUCACAUCGGAGCUGCCACUCAUUGUUAGCCUGGAAGUGCACUGCACUCCACUGCAACAGGCCGCCAUGGUCGACAUCAUGGAGGAGAUAUGGGGAGAAUUUCUCCUCCCUGUGCCCGAGCUAGAUCCCGCUUCUCUAGCCUCGCCCGAACAGCUGCGCAGGAAGAUUCUUGUCAAGGUCAAAUACGUGCCGAACGACAAGGACGGUGCCGAAAGCGUCAAUGAAGGCUUCGACGACGAUGGCAGUAGCAUCUUGGAGGUCACAACGACGGAAGGAGGAGAAAAGAAAGCGGCGAAGGUCAAGCCGCCCAAGGUCAUCUCUCGACUUAGCCGCUUGGACAUCUACACGCGUGGCAUUACAUUCAAGUCUCUUGAGCAGGCCGAGGCAUCGAUGCCGAAUCAUAUCUUCUCGCGUUCGGAAAAGGCAGCAUUUGCUAUCCAGAGGAGGAUGCCAAAGGCCUUGUUCACGCACAACAGGGACUUUCUCAUGAGGACCUACCCACACGGCAUGCGGGUUGACUCUUCCAACUUUGAUCCUGUCAUCUUCUGGCGAGCUGGUGUUCAGGUAGUCGCGUUGAACUGGCAGUCCUGGGAUGUGGGCAUGAUUCUCAACGAAGGCAUGUUUGCGGGCUCGGAUGGGUACGUUCUCAAGCCUAAUGGUUACCGACGCGACCCUACCGGCGAGUCGGAAGAGGAUGACAUGGGGUCCAAUAUCGAGAGCAAGAAACUGGAUAGAGUCGCUGUCACAGUGCUGGCGGCUCAAAAUCUCCCUCUUCUCAAUCCGCAUGAUGAUCCGACAAAUUUCAUACAUUACGUCAAGGUUGGCUUGCAUACCGAGCCAGAUGCGCUGACGGCCAUGGUGCGUGAAGAUGCGGACGGAGAGCAAGUUACACAGAUUGGCUACAGCGGCCAGACGAGUAAGAGUACUGGCACCAGUCCUAAUUUUGGAGGCGAGUUGAUCGAGUUCCUUAACGUCGAGGGCAUUGUUCCCGAGCUGGCUUUCCUCUCCUUCAUCGUCAUGAAUGAUGUCGUUGGUCCGGAUGUUAUGACUGGAUGGGCAUGCGUCCGCUUGGAUAGGCUGAGGCUCGGAUAUCGCUUCGUCAGGUUGCUCGACAAGGACGGCAUGCCAAGCAAGGGUAUCCUUUUGAUCAAGACGGAGAUAACGGAAGCUGGAGUAGCGUAA